UGCCGCCCCAACCACCGCAUAAACCCAUCGGCAGCACGUCAUCACAGAAAAAAACAUGCCCCGCCUCGCACCGCGACGGUUCACCGGCACAGGCUCACAGCACGGACAAGCGCACGACCAGUAGAGCUAGAGGUGAGCUGGUCACGGCGGCAGCCAUGGCGUUCCGACUGAGCAACAACGUCAUCGGCGCGCUGAACCUGGUGACGUUCCUGCUCUCCGUCCCGGUCCUCGGCGCGGGCAUCUGGCUGCGCACCCGCGCCGACGGGACCGAGUGCGACCACUUCCUCUGGUCCCCGGCCAUCGCGCUCGGGGCAGUACUCAUGGCCGUCUCCCUCGUGGGCCUCGUCGGCGCCUGCUGCCGCGUCACCUGGCUGCUCUGGCUCUACCUCCUCGCCAUGUUCACGCUCAUCGUCGCCCUCCUCUGCUUCACCGCCUUCGCCUUCGCCGUCACCAACCGGGGCGCCGGGGAGGCCGUGUCGGGGGCAGGGUACAAGGAGUACCGCCUCGGGGACUACUCCACCUGGAUGCAGCGCCACGUCGGGAGCGGCAAGAACUGGGCCAGGAUCCGCAGCUGCAUCGCCGACGCCGACGUGUGCAGGAGGCUGCAGGACAAGAACUCGACGCUGGCGGAGUUCUUGAGCAGUGACCUGUCCCCGGUCGAGUCUAGCUGCUGCAAGCCUCCCACGAGCUGCAACUUUACGCACGCCGGCGGCACGGCAUGGACCAAGACGGCGAGCUUCGCGUCGGCCAACCCGGACUGCAGCGCGUGGAGCAACGACGCGGACAAGCUCUGCUACGGCUGCCAGUCGUGCAAGGCCGGCGUGGUGGACACGCUCAAGCGGGACUGGAAGCGCGCCGCCAUCGUCAACGUCGUCUUCCUCGUGCUCAUCAUCGUCGUCUACUCCAUCGGGUGCUGCGCGUUCAGGAACAGCCGCCGGGACAACAACGCCUACCACAGCGGCGGCGGAUGGAAGCAAGGCGGGUACGCUUAAUUAAACUACUGACCAGAAGCAGAUUCACCAGCUGCUGCUUGUAUAUGAGAGUCUUGAGUUCGGAUCAUGCACUUGGCUGAAUGAUCGGGUGCUACUCGUGCUUAUUCAUCGUCUUCUACUUCAUCUGGUUUAGUUUAGCACUAGUAGUUUGUAUACGAGAGUCUGGAUAAAAAUAUAAAAUUAGAUAACAUACGUGAUUCUAUUUACUAAAAUAGUUAACAUAUCAUCGUAUUUAUAAUUUUAAUAUUCGUAUUUGAUAUCUUAUUUACCGAAAAUUAACUUUCAGUAUAUCGUACCCUGAAAAUGUCAUAUUCGACACACUGUGUGUCAAAUAUGGUCUGUAGCACCGUAUUCGGCACAUCUAUGCUACAAUAAUAUAUUCGGCGCACCAUGUACUGAAUAUGGCCUGGCUAUAAACGGUAUCGCACAUGAACAGUGCCAUAUUUGGCUAUCUGAAACUCUGAAUAAUCAGGGAUAGGCUCUGUAUUUUUUUUUCAUUUCUUUGUCCACUUUUGUGUAUGUAUAUAUACGUUCCAUGAUUUCCUACAUUAUAUCAGUAUUCUUUCA